GAAGCCUGACUUGCUGGAUUUUUAAUUCAAAAGUCCUUACUUAUCUGACUGGAAUGCUGCAGUAUUUUGUUUAAAUGUUAACUCUGAAAACCUGAUUAAUUAGUUGACCUUUAUAUGGAUCCCAUUUGCUGCAUUGCUAUAUAACAUUUUAACAUGGUUUACUUUUUAAUUGCAGCAAAAGAAUUGCAAAAUUGAAGACCUUACUCGGUAAAGAAUUUGUUGAGAUGGAUUCUUCAUAUAGUAAACGUUUUAUGUAAAGGCAAUGCAUUGAAUGGUUUAGUGUAAUGUAGAUGUGUCCAAUAAUUACGGUAUUGGAUCAUUAUUUGAGAUCAAUUGAAUAGGUGGAGAAGUAUUAGAAUGAAUGCAAGUUUCUAGAUGUUGUUCAGUGGUUGAUUUUAUUUUAACUGAGUCACCUUGCAGGGUCUGCAGGGGUGCUGGAAUCUUAGUUAUCAGUAAAAUGUUUAGCCUACUUCUCAGCAAUCAGUACACUUCCCAAAUCUUGUCUGAGCUGACAGUUGAAAUAUUGAGCAACUCACAGCUAUCUGUUGGAACACAUUUAGACUCUCUUCUUCUGAGCAAUACAAUUCAGUGCCCAUUUAUGUGUUUUAUGAAGUAAAACGUCUCUGAUAGUUGGUAGAGUGUUUAGGAUUUUUGAACUACUGUUUUGUCUAAUUACUAAUUAACAAAGAAAUAUGCAUUAAUGAUGUGGACUUUUUUUUUCAGCCAACUGGGUAAAUCUCAGGAAGUCAUUGAUGAUCAAAAUGUCAAGAUCGAAACUUCAUUCAACAAAUUGACGAAAAGCAAGGCGCUCGUGGCACACAAGACAAUCGUCAUUGAAGACCUUACUCGAGAAUUGACGAAAAGCAAGAAACUCUUCUCACAAAGAUAUGACAGCAUUGAAGGCCUUUCUCGCCUACUCCGUGUAUCCAAUGAAGACCUAAAGGAAAAAUAUGACGACGUUGAAAACCUUUCUCGCCAACUACGUGAAUCAAGAGAAGACCUUGAGCAAAAGAAUUGGGACAUUGAAGACCUUUCUCGUGAGAACAAAGAGUUGAAAGAGCAGCUUGCUCAACUGGCUGAGAAGAAGAAAAUCCAGAAGAGACAGCCAGGGUUUCGGAAAAGGCUGACAGCAUUUUUUAGCCGUAUAUUCAGAAGACGCGGAGGCAAUUAAAAAGAAAUUGGAAAAUGUUACUUUUAUAAUU